AUGAGGGCAAUAACUCACAUUUCCAAACAAGCAAAUGGUCAACCAACUCGUGGAUUUCUUUUUAAAAUUAACGAUCUUAACCGCGUCAUUAAGCCUGCUCUCAGGAAUUCAAAAAUUGCCGCCUCUAUUGACUCCAUCAAUAGAGGUUGGGCCAACGACGUGGCAUUGGCUCUAAAGAAUCAUUAUGAUUCAAUGCUUGCUGACAAAAUUACUAUAAUAAAGUCACGCAACCUCUCUGAACAAAAUUUUAAUCAAUACUCUAAAGAAGCGAUCAAUUGGGCAAAAAAGUCUUAUAAGCGACUCCAAAAUCAAACUCUUGAAAAAUACUCGCAAAUAUUGGUUGUUUUAAAAAAUUCUGACCCUAUUUCGACUUCUGGUAUUGAUGCAGAUAUGAUAGUUGACCCUCCAGCUUCUCCACCUAAACGUGCUCAACCACCUACCAACCAACCAAUAGCAUCCUCCCGAAAGCGACAGAGAUCACCUACUUCCUUACCUAGUACUUCUACUUACCCACAACCAACUCCAAGCAAAAGAACCAAUACCACCAAUUUACCAACCUCCCCUUUUACUCCAAUCUCCAAUUCUGUUAGACCUCUACCUACAAGUUCACCUGCUACCCCAUCAAGACCUAGAUCCAACCCCGAAACUCCAAGAUCAUCAACCAAUUCUACUUUCCGUCGACGUCUAAGCUUAGGUUCUAAAUCACCAAACCAUCCUCGUCGUCAUGAUUGUAACAAGAACAAAUCAACAUGGACACUCCCUGAAGUAACCAAACCAACAAUUAUCAUAGGAUCUUCAAAUAUUUCCCGAAUUCCAGAGGUUAACCAGGACACCCAAGCUGAAUCUUAUCCCGGAGCCAAAAUUAACCACAUCAUCGAUAUCCUUACAAAGAUUAAUCCAACAUCAAUACCAUCCAAAGUCCUUCUCCAUAUUGGCCUCAACAACAAGAAUGAACCAGGUAAAUCCAUCCACAGACAGAUGCUGGAAUUGGUAUCCCUCGCCAAAACCAAAUUCCCAUCAGCCAACGUAUUCGCCACCCAGAUACCAGUUUCUUCCAUCCUCCAACGCCAGAGACCAAAUUUAGCCGCCAACUUACGAAAAUUCAACGACCUUCUUUUUCAUAAGCCAUCUACGUUUGCAAAGACUAUGCCGCGAUUCAAUGGAAUGAUCGAGGUAGCUAGUAUAGAGCUGUGUUCUAUUAACGAUGUUAAUUUCACUUUAACUCUAGGUGUGUAUCAAACCAUCACUAUGCCUUAUCCUACUUAUCAAGCCCGGGAUUCUGAUCAUAUCCGCAAACUCAAACUACAAGCUGAGGUGCUUAGAACCCAUGCCAGUAUUAAACGCCCAAAACUCAGCGAAACACUCAAAGAUCUGAUUAACUACUGUAACCAGAACAUGGCUACUGACCAUUUGAUCAAUCCAGAAAAAGAAAAUCCAUUUAAACCCAAGAAGCCAUGUGCCAUUCUUUAG